UUUAAGUCGCCUAACCUUAAAAUAUAAAAUUUUAACAAUUUUUCAGUUUUGUGUGGUUUUGCUGGUGUAACGGUUGUGCUCAAGUGACAAGAAUGAAUAUCAUAAGUUCCAAGAGUAACCUGUUUGUAAAAACGGCAAAAGGGACAAUUCUUAAUUAUUCGAAGUUUUCCACUCAAAGGAGUCUCAUUUUGGGCAUUGAGACUUCUUGUGACGACACCGGUUGUGCUGUAGUUGAUACUGAAGGAAAUAUCUUAGGAGAGGCUCUUCAUUCUCAACAUUUAAUACACUUAGCUAAUGGAGGUAUAAUUCCCCCUAUAGCUCAAAAUCUACACCGUGAAAAUAUAGAAACUGUCGUAAAUACAGCUGUGAAGAACUCAAAUAUUAGUUUUAGGGAUUUAGCAGGAGUUGCGGUGACUGUAAAGCCAGGUUUACCAAUGUCGUUAACAGUUGGGAUGAAGUAUGGGAAAUAUUUAUGCCAUCUUUACAACAAACCUUUUAUACCAAUUCAUCACAUGGAAGCUCACGCAUUAACAGCCCGCUUGCAUGAUAAAACCCUCGAGUUCCCCUUUUUAGCCCUUUUAAUAAGUGGGGGCCACUGUCUUUUAGCCGUAGCCAAAGACGUUGAUAAGUUUUUCUUACUGGGUAGCACCCGCGAUGAUGCUCCAGGAGAAGCCUUUGACAAAGUUGCCAGAAGAAUGAAAUUAACAAACCUAGCAGAAUUUUCCAAACUUUCAGGAGGACAAGCAAUUGAAUUAGCGGCUUCACAAGCAGAAAAUCCUCUACAAUUUAAAUUCACAAUCCCACUUGCACAAUACCGAGACUGCAAUUUUAGUCUAGCUGGCUUAAAAACACAAGUUAAGGUACAUUUACUCACAGAGGAGAAAAAACAUAAUGUGCCCCCUGACGGUUUAAUACCAGAUGUGUUUAAUUUAUGCGCUGGUUUUCAAUUGGUUGUCACAAGACACAUUUGCCAAAGAGUACAAAGGGCGAUGGUUUACGCCAGCAGGAAACAAAUGAUCCCGGAAAAUAGACAAACAUUGGUGGUUUCAGGGGGCGCUGCAUGUAAUAAUUUUAUUGCAAGGGGGCUACAACUUGUCUGCGAUGACAUGAACUACAAACUCGUGCGUCCACCCCCGAAAUUAUGCCUCGAUAAUGGUGUCAUGGUUGCAUGGAAUGGGGUUGAGAGAUGGAGGGCGAAUUUAGGGGUCCUUCGUGAUUACUCCAGUGUGGAAAUUCAGAAAUCAUGUCCGUUGGGAAUAAGUCUCAUUGAUGACGUAGUCAAAGAAAGUAUCAGUUGCAAGUGGACAAAGUUGACAGAACUGAAUUAUGCUCAAUUUAGACAGGAAAAAUAAAAUUUGUUUUAUUUAAACUAGU